CUAAUGUGACCCAUAUGGGUGAUGAUAUUGUGUCAAAAGAUGCCUUGUGGUGCUGGUACGUGACCUUUGUGCAAGGGAUAAAAAGAAGAGUUUUUCCAGCCAGAAUCCAGUAGGGAGGAAUCUGUAUGAGCAGCUUUACUGGGAGGUUUGUUGUAAUUGUGCACCUAGCUGAGGUUUCUGUGUUACAAGGAAAGAGCUGCUGCUCCUACUCCAGGCCUGUAUAAACUAAAUGUCUCGGCAGCAGCAUCACUGCUAACUCCCAUCUGGUUUGUCAUGGAUGCAGAGAUCUUCAGAAACAUCCCUGUGAAACAUUAAAACAGCAAACCCAACAAAUUGCUUUAUUCAAAUGACUGCAGUUGAAGGUUUCUGUAACAUUUGUUUCUUAGGCGGCACUGGAGCGAGGAGCAGGUUGUCCUGUGCGUCAAGGCAGUCCUGAGGAAGAAAGGUGUCGCAUCGGUGCUCAUUUUGUGUUUUCUGUCUGGACUGGUCUGUAGAUAAAAGAACAGAAUCAAAGCCAAGCAUUUGACUCUGCUAGUCCAGCAUAAAAUGCAUCCCAGCAGGUUGAUAGUCCUGGCCCUUCCGCACCACCAGCGCGUGGAAGUGGCGAUACCAGCUCACGUGCGGAUCCUGAGCUUGCUGCUAUUUUCAGAUCUACUGGGGAAGGAGAUGGUAGAACUGGAGGUAGCAGGGAACAGCUGUACGUUAAACUUCCCGAGCCCAAACACAAUUCUUAUCCUUUUAAACUGCUGUGUAACACCCUGAAGUUAGUUACUGAAUUGUUCUUGAUUUAUAAAAGCUAAAAUAGGAUUAAGAUGGCAGUUAAAAAACGGAAAUUAAGCGACUUGAUCUUUUCCAGAGCGUUCAGAAACCCAUGCUUUUGUUUGAGGCUGCAGUAAAAACUUUUAGUGCUUAACUUGGAAGAGAUCUCAGAUACCAGUAGUAAACUCCACCAGAGUAUGGCUGAGUGACUUAAGGAGACUCGCCUGGAAUAAAUAAGAUUUGUUUUCUGUGACUGUCGUUAGGGUUGGCUGGAAAGGAUUAUCGUACAUGACUCAAAGCAGAUGUUCUCCAGUAAACUUUCAAGUGAAUUAGUCUGUGUGCCAGUCAAUCUUCCCAACGCAGGAAUAGCAUGGGAUAAUUUGAAAUGCCAUAUAAAUUAUUCUGGCCCGUUUUCUGCGAGCUCCUUAAUGUGAGGCCCUGGGGUUGCGUUUUGGGGUGGUAGUAACAGGUUGCAGUGGAAGUAGACGAAGGCAAAUAGAAACUAAAAUGAUGUGCAAGUUCCUGAGAUGAUGACUUGCGCAAUUGUACUCUUAACGGUGUCUGAAGAGAACAAAGUUGCCAAACUCCCUUGUCCCACUCAGCUUUAUAUUACUUUGUCUAUCUGCUGUGCAGCCGAUAAGCAUUUUUAAUACCAGCUUCCAUUAAUAAAUGAUCAUUUCUGGUGCUGCUCAAAGUAGGAUGAUGUCCUGGUGGGUUUUGUAACUUCAGUCUCGUGUCAGCUAUGGGACGAUGUAUUAAUUUUAUUAAGACAGUUUAAGGUGAAGAUACUGGUGUGUUAUUGACAUAGGUGUCUUCACGUUGAAUAGAUGAUACUUGAGGUGUUUUGGGGAAGUCAGCUUGUUUUCAUCAUAGUGUUUAACUAUUCUAAAAGAAAUUUCAUAGUCUCUAUUUUGAAAUAGGUGAAUAUAAUUUUUAUUCUAAGCUUCUCUUUAUGGCAGUUUGGGUGAAGCAUUCCAAGAAAACUACACAAAACUACCAGGGAAGGGUGGAGAAGUUGUUGAACCUGCCUGAACGUUUUAUUUUUAAUUUUUUUUUUUUUUUAAGAACCAUGCUUCCCUGCAGGUCAAAAAGGAGGAAGAGAUGAGGGGAGGUUCUUGCAGUUGAUCUCGUGUGAGCCUUCGUGCUCCUUGCAGCCAUGGCUUCAGUGUGACAGCGUGUUCUCAAUUGGUUACAAAUGUGUGAAGAAUCUGAAAUGGGUGGUUUGUGUUUUACCAGAAGCUGAGUGAUCAGCAGAGACUCAGCGGUGUAGGGCUGCUUUCGCUGUCUUAAUUGGCACCAUGUGUCCCUCGGAGGAGGGAGCGAAGUAACAGUCUUAGUGUAGACCUGGUCUCUGGUAGGAGAUGGAGCUUUCGGGGGCAUCCGAGAUGCGUAUCUGGGCAUAUUGAAUAAAGGCAACGCCAUUACUGGAAAUUCCCUGACCAGUUUCAUCUUUCUGUAGGUGUGUAUAUACAUGAGCGUAUCACUUUCCUCAUCUUGACCUUUUGAUAGACUAAUGCUCCUGUUUUGCCAUCAGUUUGUCAUUUAGAUAAUUAAUAUUUGGGGAUUACCAGUAACUGCAAAAAUAAUUGUACCGAUUAUUGGUGUGUGCAAUACACAGAGCCUUUUUGCACCCUGGUAAUUCAUAGUCUGAAAUAUGUGUUGGGAAGGAGAGUAUCAUGUUUUGCAAGUCUAAAAAUGUUUGUCUGGAAACUCCCAGAAUUGAGAAUUAGCCAUUCCAAGUGCUCUGGUUCUAAAAACUGAAAAAACCCUGGUGUUAUGUAUUCCUUCAACUGUGGUGUAAAUCAUCCUUCCUAGGGACUGAGGACAGUGCAAGGAUCAAAACAUGGAAGAAAGUCAGUGUAGUGAAGUCAAAUAAUAACAACUAAAAUGUGUCAGAAUAUGUUCUACUGUUACUUAAAACCUUAAGUGGAGUUUUACCAGACCUGACCCGAUGGUAGAGCUUGCUUUAAGUAUCUGCAGAGGUGUUGCAGAUUUUGUGAAGAAAGAACCAUUCAUCUUUGGUCUGAAGUUGGUUUAACAACCUCUAAGAGUUAUCAUCAUUCAAAGCCUAUAGAGAUUUUUUUAAAAAUAAUUUUGAUAAAAGUAAAUCUAAAAAUGAAGCAGAGUGCUUAAUUGCUGACAGCUUUCUCCAAGUAUCUCCAACAUUAAGCAAUCCUGCUGUGAUUGGAAAAAACAUUGUCUAUGCACAAGAUUUUCUGAAAGGAGGAGACUUCUGCUCCUGAUUCUCCUGUUGUGUUUUAAUAGACGGGUAGAAUUGACUUGGAAAAGCUAAUUCUUACAAACUUGCAGUCUUUUUAAAAUGAGGAAUCUUGCGGCGGAAUGUGUGGCUGGGAGCGCAGCGCUGCCUGAUUAUGCUCCUGGUAAGACUUUAGGAUAAUGUGAGAUCCCUGCAGAGGUUCUUGCUGAGAGAUUUUUCUCAGAUGCAGUUCACGUCCAGUUGAGUCGCAAACGCAAUUUAAACAAUAAAUGAGACUGAUUCAAGUUUUUCUUUGCUUAUCUUUUAAAUCUAUCUACAGAGGUGAAUUAGAAAUUCCAGGUUUUGGUGCUUUUAAUGUCAGGUGAUCGAAAUACAGAUCCCUAGUGUGAGGUUUCUCCUAGAAAUUAUUAAAAUCACACUUGUGCUUAGCAUCUACAGAUUGUGGCAGCUGCUGCUGUGUGGAGCUUACUCAUGCGUGCAGGAAUAUUGCAGCGAAGCCCCUCAGAAAAUCUGAUACGUGCUUUGUUGUGUGAUGUGAAUUCCCACAGUUACACCUCGCCGUCUUACGGAUGGGGUCACACGGUUCUGGAGUAACUGGUGGAGGUUUUAAGGAGGCUGUGGAGGAGCCGUGGCUGCGUCCCAGGCUGGGUCUGUCCGAUGGCCUGAGGACACCCGCUGGGUGCAGCCUCUGCCCUCCCCGGGGCUUGGGCUGUGGUGUGCAGCUGCGGGAAGCAUCGAGAUUUUGAACAAAAGUGUCGAACGGUGACUUGUAUCAAUCUAAAGCGGUGCCUAAAGGAAUAAAUGCAAGAUUUCUGAUUUGACUCGUUGCUCUUCUUGGUCCACAUGGCACUUUUGUUUCCAUUGGCCGUAGGACAACUAACUAGUACCUUGGCUAGGUGUCUCAGAAUUUUGCUAGUAAGUUGUGCUGGGUUUAUUGCUAAUGUUUCCUUUAGUUUUACAUAAGAGCGUGUUUGUUACAGCUCCUGCAGUUUCCAACUAGGUCAGUAAAGUGUCCUUGUCCCUAUUCUUUGAACAAUCAGCUCCCUAAAGCCAGACAGUGUGAUAGCAAUUUUGUGAUUAAUGCUUCCAGCAAUUAUAAAGUGGAAGGUCUUAAAUUACAUUUGGUGACUAAGACCUGUACAUGAAACAUGAAGUGACUUUGUCUUCCUUGUUGCAGAUCCGUAACAUGGUGGCAGUGCUGGAAGUGAUCUCCAGCCUGGAGAAAUAUCCCAUUACCAAAGAGGCACUUGAGGAAACGAGACUUGGGAGGCUUAUCAAUGAGGUGAGGAAGAAGACGUCCAAUGAGGAACUUGCCAAACGUGCCAAGAAAUUGUUGCGGAAUUGGCAAAAGUUGAUAGAACCUGUAACCCAGAAUGAACCAGUGCCAAGAGGGUUGCCGAAUCCCCCCGGAUCAGCAAAUGGUGGUGCUCACAACUGCAAACCAGAAACGCAACUUCCUGCCGUGGCCGGAUCAAAGCCAAUCAGUGAAUUGAAAAGCAGGAAUGAUAUACAGAAACUAAAUUCCCCAAAAACAGAGAAAUUGGGAAACCGGAAAAGGAAAGGUGAACACAGGGAUGGGCAUCAGGGCCCUCCUCCCCCUAAAGUCUCCAAAGCUAGUCAUGAAGUAUUACAAAACUCUUCACCCCCUCCAACAAAUGGAAUUGGAGGUAGUCCUGAAAAUUUUCCUAGUCCUGUAGACGUAAAUCUACAUGCAGGGCCUGAAAGCAGCAGGACAGAACUCAGUGAAAACGAUAAACACAGUAAGAUCCCAGUAAAUGCUGUAAAACCUCACACCAGUUCUCCAGGACUUGUAAAACCUUCAAGCACUUCCUCGUUAUUAAAGACUGCAGUGCUUCAGCAGCAUGAUAAAUCGGAAGAAACCAUAGGACCGCACCAACCUAAGAGUCCUCGCUGUUCCUCGUUUAGCCCUAGAAACGUUAGGCAUGAUACUUUUGCUCGGCAGCAUACUACGUACUCACCAAAGGAUUCACUGCCUAGUCCAUCUCAAAGGUCUCAGUUCUUGGAUACUGCACAGGUGCCAUCACCGCCACCAUCCUUGAUGCAACCCUCAACACCUCCAAUGCCAGCAAAAAGACUGGAGUUCUCUCAGCCAUCGGUAGCUGAGGUAUCUCAGCACUGGCAGGAGCAGCAGGUACCGUCGGAAAGCCAGCAAAGGCACACAGCAGGGACACUUCAACAGCACACAUCUCCCAGCUGCAAAACCAGCUCCCACCCCGGGGAAUCUCUCACGCCACACAUGGGCUUUUCACAGGACACUUCAAAAAUGGACAGUGAUGAUGCUGCUUCAGGUUCCGAUAGUAAAAAGAAGAAAAGGUACCGGCCCAGAGACUAUACGGUCAACUUGGAUGGGCACCUGACAGAAGGGGGUGUGAAACCUGUGAGAUUAAAAGAGAGAAAACUCACUUUUGAUCCCAUGACAGGACAGAUAAAACCUUUAACACAGAAAGAUCCUUUGCAGGUAGAAAUCCCUGCACUUACUGAACAGCACAGGACAGAAAUGGAAAAGCAGGAGCAAAAACCCAACCUGCAAAGCCCUUUUGAACAAACGAACUGGAAAGAAUUAUCCAGAAAUGAAAUCAUUCAGUCAUAUUUAAACAGACAGAGUAGCUUGCUGUCUUCAUCAGGAGUACAGACUCCAGGAGCUCACUACUUCAUGUCUGAAUAUUUAAAGCAGGAGGAAAGCACUAGAAAAGAGGCUAGAAAGACUCAUGUUCUAGCUCCUAACAGCAAACCUACAGACUUGCCUGGGGUCACAAGAGAGGUCACAAGUGAUGACCUCGACAGAAUACGUGAACAUAACUGGCCAGGCGUGAACGGUUGUUAUGACACACAGGGUAACUGGUAUGAUUGGACACAGUGCAUAUCUUUAGAUCCACACGGGGAUGAUGGUAGAUUGAACAUCCUGCCUUACGUCUGCCUAGACUGAGUACAGUUUUGCUAAAAAUGCUUUUACAUCUGCAGUUAGCAAAAAUGGCAGACACUAUGCCACUUAAAGAUGGAGAAAGCCUCCUGUCCUGGACAAACAGGCCCAACGAGCAGAGGGUGUGAGGGAGCUGGUUCUUUACAGCUCUUUCCUUUAAAUUCUCCUUUUGUGAAAUGCUGCUACCAGUUUACUAACAAUUGCAAAGGAAGGCAUACGAAGGUUGAUAAAUUGAGUUCAAAACUCUAUAGCGAGCCAGCUAUAAAAAAGUGUUAGUCCCCAAGAAGUGAAGAGGAUUUCCAGCACUUUCUGAAUGCCGGAAUCUUAUUACAGGCAGGUACAGAGAAAAUUGUGGAAGUUACCUUAACAAAAUAUGCAUCUAUUUAUUUGACUUGAUUUGGGUUUUUAUUUGGCAGUGAGAUAUUGGAGAGACAAUGUGCAAAAACUGUAGUUUUAUUUGUAUCACAUCUCUGAACAUGAUUGCGUUUUUUUUUAAAGUCAUGUGGUACGGAGAUUGGGUUUUAAACAGCAGGUGUUGCACUGCAGGCUGGGAGACCAGCUUCAGCUCAACAUUCCAUAGGCAUCCACAUAUUUUAGUCUGGUUUCAGUUUAAAUCCAGUCUCUGAGAAAUGCUGCAAAAACUAGAUGUUUAAUGAUAUUUUUGAUCCCACCACCACCAGCCAAAUAUUUUUCCUCCUUUUCCCUUCCUGCAAACUUCUAGGAAAAAAAAAAAAAAGAGAAAAAAAAAAUAAUAAGAAAAAUCACCUUUUCUAGAAUCUAAAUGUAAUGAGGGUGCUACAAGUUUGUAACUGUACUGUGAGAGGGAAAAAGGAAGCCUGUUUGUAUGCUGGAAAUAUACUUGUUACCAUUCCUUUAGAUAUUGUUUGCCUUAUGGAUAUCCAUCAUAAACGCAAUUUGCAAAAACAAAGAGCCUUAGUGAAUGUACAGUAACUAGACUUCUGUGUUCUUGGGAUGCAGAAGGGAGCAACUUUGCUAUUUGGUCCUUUAAGUGGACACAUUGUGAUAUAAAUGUGGAAAUAAAAAAAAUUUGCACAAAACAGUUUGUGAAUUAUUUAUACUUAAAUAAUUUUUUUUAAAGUUUGCUCAAUUCAGACCAGCUAAGUGACCAUCGACACCGAGAAUCCGUCGGAGCGGUGCGGUGAAGCUGAGUCCCAUCCGACGCUGUCGCCAGCAGCUGGCUGUUAGGGAUAUGCAAAAUGUCUUCCAAGUACGUUGGUGGUAUUCAGUCGCACAGGUUGGAUUUUUUUUUUUAAUUUUUUCUUUUUUGAGCUCUGGUUGCAUCCAGGGUCUGGAGACUGAUAACCCAAUUGCUGUUAAUGUACCUCAAAGUCUAAAAAA